AAAAAAGCAACUUGGGAAGAUUGGAAUUCGCAGAAGGCAUUGUACUGGCUUAAAUUAGAAGAGGCAAGAAUCAGCAGAAGUUUCCUUACAAAACUAGUUACAAAUAUGGAGGGUGCCAUUAAAACAGUUGUUAUGCAGUUCCUGUCUUCAGCACGGGGAAAAGAGAGCCUGGGUGGGAAGAGCUUCCAAAAGUUAGUCCAGAGUCAGCUGGGAAACAUCCUGGGUGACACUGACAGCUCUUCAGCAGUGAAGGACAUGAUGAAAGGCCUGGAUGACAACCAGGACGGGAAGGUCAGUUUCCAGGAGUACCUGACGCUGGUGGGCUACCUGGCCAACUCACUGAGUGAGCAGAAAGCACAGAGCAGCGCAGCCGGUGGACCAUAAGAAGCCCAAAAUGCAUUGAUGACACUUGGGUUGAUGACACUGGCAAUCAUUUGUAAUGCUGGAGUCUUGCACCAGUAAUGAGACUGGGGAUAGUUGUCACAAUUUUUUUACUUAUUAAAAAGUUUUCAAGGUAUUGCUUUAAAAAAAAAAAAAAAGGUCAAACCAUUGUUUUGGCCAAAACACACUGUAUUAAUUGUGUAAAAUUACCGUAAAUUUACAUACAUAACAAAACACAACUCCUUUAGCCCUUGUGACUUCCUGUUGUAACAACUAGCCUUGGUCUCCAAUGCAAUAUAAAAUCUCUGAUAUUACAAUUAAAUUAUAAAUCUGUUUACAUGUACUCGCAUUAAUGCAUUUAUAAUACAAUGUCUGACCUGUGGCCAUGUACAAGUGCUAAAUCAAGUAACUUUUUGUUGCAUAAGUGUUUGCUUAUUUUUGUGUUAUUUUUGCUUUCCAUGUAAACAGGUUUUCAUUUCUAAGC